AUGACCGAACCAUCCGGAAUAUCCGAAACCACAGCAGUCGAUUUUCUAGCAACUACCGCGAGCAUAAUCGACACAAUCAGGACAAAUCUCCUUCACAACAGACUCAAUAGGAAAGGAUUCCAAAAAUUACUCAGCGACUAUUCCAAUCGCGCCGAGUCAGAUGGCCGAUUGAUGAACGCCGCCAGACAAGAACCUCACUGUGCCAACCGGGGUCUAUUCCUUGCAUUCAAUCACAUGGAGCUGGUAUCCUGGCUGGAUAAAAAGAACUACAAUAUCAAUUCCACUUCUGUGAAAUGGUAUAGCUGGAAGCAAAUCCUCGACCAGAACCGGAUUCCACCAUUUUGGAGCUCGGCGCCGACGGUGGAGCUUCAAGCACUGAUGAAGAAUAUCGAACGCACGGCAGCUUUGGUUUAUGCAGAUUUGAAGGCCCAUAAUUAUCUUGAUGUGCCGAGGGAUGAGCCUGUUGCUGCGCCACCUAAAGAAGCCUAUGAAGAGCUUCUGCGUCGGGGAACUAUUGCCCAGCAACAUCUCGCAGGAAUUGCUGAGAAAUGA